CUGGGAGAGCGAGAUGUUCAGCGUAUGCGUAUCUCGCCGCGCCAUUAUUGGGUUUUCUUUCCCAUAAUAAUAAUAAUAAUAAAAAUCUUUUGGUUGAUUCUCUGUCAUUCACUGCUUUGGUUUCUCCUCCUCCUCCUCCUCCUCCUCCUCCUCCUGCUCCUCUUGUACGGUUGUACCAAUACGAUUCCAAUUCCAAUUCCAUCCACUCUUCUUCUUCCUCCUCGUCUUCUUGGACAACAAAGUGCUUCCAAUAUAUAGCCAUGGCGGCGUUUCUCAUCUCUCCGUCCACUUAUACCUUGAAGCAAUUGGAUUGGCGCCGCCCCACUCCAUUUCUUUCUCCUCUGCCUCCAUCGCGGAUAGGUCUCCUCCCUACGACUUUGCGGGCUGCUGCUAUCCCCAGUUCCCAGUCCUUUUCCUUAAAGCCUAAGGAGUUGAUUGAAUCCCUGAUAAGCCGAGUGGAUCUCAGCGAGGAGGAGGCCGAAGCGUCGCUCGACCUUUUGCUUCGAGAUGGUGAUGAAGCGUUGAUCAGUGCCUUUCUUGUUCUCUUGAGAGCCAAGGGGGAGACUUUCCAGGAGAUUGUGGGAUUGGCACGGGCCAUGAUCAAACACUGUCGGAAGGUGCCAUGCAUGGGUAAUGUGGUGGACAUUGUUGGUACGGGUGGUGAUGGUGCAAACACUGUUAAUAUCUCCACGGGCGCUUCUGUUCUCACUGCUGCUGCUGGUGUCAAAGUCGCCAAGCAAGGAAAUCGCUCCAGUUCUUCUGCAUGUGGUAGCGCUGAUGUCUUGGAGGCAUUGGGUGUCAAUAUUGAGCUUGGCCCUGAGGGGGUGAAGAAAUGCGUGGAGGAAGCAGGAAUUGGUUUCAUGAUGGCUCCCAUGUACCACCCUGCAAUGAAGGUAGUAGGUCCAGUAAGGAAAAAGCUUAAGGUGAAGACAGUGUUUAAUAUUCUGGGUCCAAUGUUGAAUCCUGCACAGGUGCCUUUUGCUGUUGUUGGUGUAUAUCAUGAAGAUAUUGUUGUGAAGAUGGCUAAAGCCUUGCAACAAUUUGGAAUGAAGAGAGCAUUGGUUGUUCAUUCUUCUGGUUUAGAUGAAAUAAGCCCAAUGGGAUCAGGAUACUAUCUGGAUGUUUCCCCAGACAAGAUUGACAAGUCACAUUUUGACCCAUUGGAUUUUGGCAUUCCACGCUGUAGUCUAGCAAGUUUAAAGGGGGGAAGUCCAGAAUUCAACGCAGAGGUUCUUAGGCAUGUGUUAUCUGGUCAGAAGGGGCCAAUUGCGGAUUCUUUGAUUCUAAAUGCAGCAGCUGCCCUCCUGGUGAGCGGCCAUGUGAGCAGCUUGGCUGAAGGAGUGGUGUGGGCUCGAGAAGUACAACAAUCCGGGAGAGCAGUUGAAGUACUAGAUUCUUGGAUGCAUCUCUCGAAUAAACUUAGAGGAGAUGCUGUUGGUGUUGCUCCAGCUCCAGCUCCAGCUCCAGCUCCAAGAGGUGGAGGUGGAGGUGAAGGUGUGGUGAAAUAAAAUAUGAAAAGAAACUGGGGACUUGUAAGGAUCAAGAUCUGUUGUUGAGUGCUUAAAGUGAGUGAGAUGCGCUUUGGAGUCAUGAGGAUGCAUUCAUUGCUCCAGUGUAGCGUGUUCCCCUAAUAUUUAUGUUCGUGUAAGUGUGUUACCAAACCCCCUCCUCACAAUCUGUCACCCCCUCAUAUUCACAGAGACACAGCAGAUCUGUUCUUUUCAGGAUUAAUAAUAAAGCAGGUUCCAUCGGAUGUUUGUAAA